GUAAGUGUGUAUGGCUAGUACUGUAUUGGCGAAUUGGCAAACUGUAGCACGCGAACGCAGGACGUGCUACUAUAUCAAGGCUGCAAACCACGGGUUGUUUGUACUCCUCCGAGAAAAGGUGCAUGGUGGAAUGCAUAUCUGAGUAUUUACUGGGGGACACUGGGGCUAAGAGUUGGAUUUUGGAUUCUGCAUCAUUCUCAAUUGUUUAAUCUCUCCUGACAGUUCACUGAAGUGCCUGCUCUCCACUUCUACCAUGUCCUCCACACCUCCACCUCUCAUGAAGAAGCACAGUCAGACCGAUCUUGUGAGCCGCCUUAAGUCCCGCAAGGUAUUGGGUGUCGGCGGAGAGGAUGAUGACGGGGAGGUGCAUAGGUCGAAGAUCAGUCAGAUGUUGGGUAAUGAGAUGAAAUUUGCUGUACGUCAGCCCAUUGGCCUCCGGCUUUGGCUCCUCAUCUCUGCAGUGUUGUUUACCUCCACAUCUUUAAUGGCACUGGCCUUCCCCACCCAACUCUACGAGAUAAUAUUUGAGCUCACCACCACCAGGAUCUCCAUCAGACUCUACGGAGGAGCCCUUCUGUGUAUCUCAUUAAUCCUGUGGAAUGGCUUGUACACAGCAGAAAAGGUCAUCAUUCAAUGGACGCUACUUACGGAGGCAUGUUAUUUCGGGGUACAAUUUCUAGUGACCUCCAUCACUCUCCUGGAGAUGGGCACUCUGUCCAACAGUGCAAUUGUUCUUCUUCUUAGUGAAACCGUGUUCCUCCUCGUCACCUUGAGUUACUAUCAUCACCUCGGCCGCCGUCCCAAAAAGAUCUAAGGGAGGCCAGCCACCCCGUGAUUCUUGUGUUAGAUGGAUGGUUUGGCAUCACAGAAUUAUUUGAAUACAGUAGCUCCACCGCCUGGAGCUAAUUAAUUCACACUUCACUGAGAAUGAGCCUCUUUUUGUGGACAUUGUCUGUUAGGAGCAUUUACUCUCAUUAGAUGGUCCUCAGGUUAUGACCAUUGACUUCAUAUGUUACAUAAAGUGAGUUCACUAUAGAGGCUUGUUUUUUUUUUAUUUUUGGGCAUGCAUAAUUGCCACAUGGUGGGACUUAUCUGGAAUUUGGCACAUAGCAGUCUGAAUUUGGUUGCAAAUACUUUUAAACUAACACUCCGAUUUCCAGUGUAAUCAUGUUGGCUGAGCACAAUAGAUUCAGCUUGGUAUUACCUACAACAAUGCCACAACAACCAAUAAUGCCAUACAAAGACUAGCAAAAUGUUGAACAUCAAAAUGCACACAUACAAAAUGCUUAACAAAUACAGAAAAUACUGCACAUGACUCAAAUGUGCUACAUAUACAUUUAGUUAAAAAAUGUCUAAAUGAUGUAUUAUAUAAAUCAUAUAAAUUCCAAAGUUUGAACACUGUAAAGACAUUGUUUUGACAUAAUUUGAUGUAAUGUUGUAUUAAAGGGAAUUUAAAGGCAUUCAUUUUACAAUGUACCUUUUUAAACUUGUAAUUUAUUACUGCCUCUGACAAAUCUCUUUGGCAUCAAACUAAGAAAUUCUGCCCCUACCAAUUUAGACAUAAUUGUUUUGUUAAUUAUUGACUGCUUUACAUACCUAAGAGACAUUUACGCUACAGUUGCUGAAGUACAUAAUGUAAUUUAUUAACUUGAAACGAGUUCCCUUUGAGUACAGAUUGAAAGGUUACUAAGAAAAACUCUUAUCGAUAGAACAGAUUUCUAAGGGUUAUAUGUAAUUUCUCUAUGAUCUUCCAUGUCAUGAACUUAAAUGUUACAAACAGUUUUGAUCUCUAAAAUGUUAAGAAUUCAAGGAAUAGUUGAAAAAUGUUAAUUAUGCCAUCAUUUACUCACCUUCAUGUCAUUUAAACACUGAAAUCUUACUCUUGUUCAAGUACAUGCAAAAAUGCUUUCUCAAGAUGUGUUGCAUCAAAUUCGGAUGUAUCAUUGAUGUUAAAGCUGACAGAAUAUUCAUUUUUGGAUGAUCUAUUCCUUUAACAGCUGUAAUUAUGCAAAAUAAUGGUACAUUUUUAAAACUGUAUUUAGUGGGAUGUACUUUAUGCCUUUAGUGGUCAUUGCAUGAAGUCAUACAUUGCAUAUGGACAGUAGCUCUAAAAUGUAGCACUUUUAUAAAUAUAAAAUAUGUAAAAGAAUCUCAUUGAAUGAGAUGAUUUUCUCAUUAACAUGUUCUACUAUUUUAGAAAAUGUUAGCAUGUUGAAAUUCUAUUUACUUCUUGUGUUUACCCUGAAAUAGUAUAAUGAAGUUUUAGCAUCAUUGUACUUUGAAUAUCAUGCCCUAAACAUGUUUGCCAACAUCUGCUCAUGCUGGUUAUAGAUGAAUUCUUUAUAGUAUGUUAUUCACAAUCCAAUUGUCCUGGUGUCAUUCUUUACAGUAUACUUCCAUCUCUGAAAUGUCAUUUGAAGUGUUGACAGUUCUUCUCCCUUAGAUCUUAGAUACAGAUACUACUUUUAUUCUCCUGCUGUCAAAUUCUGCGACACUUCUAUUCCAAAAGAACUUCCAGUAAAACACACACAUGGCUUUGUGCCAAACGGAAAUCAAAGGACCUUAUAAAUAUGGUAUUUGGAUAUAGCAAGUUAAGCUGCAUUUGUAUUGGUCUUAGAUUUAGCAAUUUCAUAAUUGGAUGUGCAUCUGUGUAUUUCUUUAGAUCAACUGUUUAUUAGUAUAUAUUUACAGUAAUUAGCAAGACAUGAUUUAAUUGUGAAGUCAAAGCACAGAUGAUGAUUGUACUAAAGACUUGCUAGAUUUUUUAAUCACUUUAUUGAAAACAUUUGAAUGAGUCUGGAAUGUGUAACACAAUUUUUAACAUCUGUAAAUUUGCAACUUUUUUUGUAUAUGAAAAAAUGGUGAUUGCACUGUUAGUUUCAGAAUCUUCAUUACAGAUUCUAGUUACGUUUUUUUGUUCUUUAAUGUUUUUUGGAAAUAAACUGUACAUACAUGUAUAGCUAGUCUGUAUCUACUUUUUGUAGAGAAAAGGUGAA